CGCCAAUUCGUACAACACGAUUCGGUGUCGCUCAUAAUUCUCUAUUUGCUGUGGUUGAGAAGGAAGCAGAAAUCAGUACAUUUCGAUUUUAUUUAAUUUCAUAUGAUAUAUUGUUUUGUUUUUUUUUGUUUUUUUUUAAUUCACAUUGAAGUUAAAAUAAAAAAAAAGACGUUAGUAAGAGACUGACGAACAGCAACGCAGGCGCAGUCACUCGACAGAGCGAGAACUGGAGGCAAGAGGCCAACCACAAUCCUAAGCUACUGAUCUGAAGCUGAGCCCCACACUUGGAGAUGGCGGACACACAGCGCCUGGCAUACUCCAUCAUCCAGUUUCUACAUGACCAGCUGAACUCUGGGGGGCUGUCCUCAGACGCACAGGAGAGCUUAGAAGUUGCAGUCCAGUGCCUAGAAACAGCUUUCGGGGUUUCUAUUGACGACUCGAAUCUCGCGGUCUCAGAGACACUCCCAGAGCUCUUUGCAGCAGCCACACUCAAGCAGGCUCCUCGGGUAACAGUUAGUGCCAUGCUAGACUCCCCAACGGAGGAAGAGGCAGCUGAAGCAGAGAGAUUCAAAACAGAAGGCAAUGAACAAAUGAAGGUAGAGAAUUUUGGACAAGCGGUGGAUUUCUAUUCAAAAGCUAUUGAGUUAAACCCAUGCAAUGCAGUAUAUUUCUGCAACAGGGCUGCCGCUUACAGUAAGCUGGGGAACUAUGCUGGAGCAGUGCAGGACUGCGAGCGAGCCAUCAGCAUCGACCCGAACUACAGUAAAGCAUUCGGCAGAAUGGGGUUGGCCCUGGCUAGUUUAAAUAAGCACACAGAAGCAGUGAAUUACUACAAGAAAGCCUUGGAGCUUGACCCAGACAACAACACGUACAAAUCCAACCUGAAAAUAGCCGAGCAGAAAAUGAGGGAGCUUCCCAGUCCAACAGGCGGUGUGGGUGGAGUUGACCUGGCUGGAUUGCUUAGCAACCCUGGCUUCAUGAACAUGGCAUCAUCUCUGAUGACCAACCCACAAGUACAACAACUAAUGUCUGGGAUGAUGUCGGGAUCGUACGGGCCAGUGGGAGCGACUGGUGCAGGAGCCGGGGCAGGACAGGGAGUUGGAGUCGGAGUUGGAAGAGGAGGAGCAGGUCCAGUAGGUACAGGGCCGAACGACCUAUCUGGCCUUAUCCAAGCGGGACAGCAGUUUGCUCAGCAGAUGCAGCAGGAGAACCCUGAUCUGAUUGAACAGCUGAGAAUUCAUAUCCGGAGUCGGCUGCCUAGCACCAGCAAUGAGGAGCAGCCCUGACAGGCAGCCGAGUCAGUGCUCACUUUAACCUUAAGUAGAGUUGGAGUUUUGUUGAAUGUGACCUGAAGCCCAACUGUUGUUUUUUGUUGGAAACUCCAGGCUUCAAAAAAAUAAAUAAAAAGACCACCCCCCAAAAGGACAUGCAUGUUGGGCCCCAAUUAUCUUCUUUUUAUUAACCCCUGCUAAUCAAGCUACUGAGCCACAGGCAUGUAAAUAAAGGCAAGCCUAUUUGUUGACUUUUUAAUAAGAUUAGCUCAGAACUCUUUUGGAUUCACCUUUUGGGUUUAUAUUUUUGUUACGGAAAUGCAUCAAGUCAGUGUACUUUCUAACAAUUGUUGUACGUUAUUAUAAACCAACCAGUGUGUUUCCUGUUGUAAUUCAUGAUUCCCUUUAAAACAAAACAAAAAAAGGGUCAUUCUGUAAACUGCCACAGACUUGAAAUCUCAAGCUGUUGUCUUUUGCCAAGUUUAAAUAACAUGUAUUUAUACUUAAAUAAACAUAAAUAGAUAUGUGCAUAUCUUGUAUACUUUUGAAGUGAACCAGAGGAACUCAUGUUGUAAUUGUAGCCAUCCUGUCUCAAGAUAUUUGGUCUUUGUUCUGUUUUAGCUGUAAAGAAGAGACUUCGGACAACUAUUAUGAUCUGCGGUGUAUUUUAUCACCAGCACCCUGCAGCUAUUGAGGUUAUAAAACCAGACCCUGUGUGCAAUGAGAUCUCGGGGUUGAGAUAAAGGCUGCUUUUUCUCUUUCCCAAACCAUGUGGCGAUUGAACAUUUGCGCUGUUCCACUGAUUGUCCUGUCCUCCCACUCAGGCAGGUACAUCGUUACAAGCCAGGGGUUACAAAAGAUUUUCUGGCUCCUCAGUUUUGCACGUAAUUCCUCAUUGGAGGUUUCAAAUAAAAACACAGCUGACUGAACCGCACACUUCCCAUUGUGCAGUGGUUUGGAAUCCCAGUGUGGGGAAGGGUUCUCUUACACUGUCGCCUCACUGCAGCGGUGCAGAUUCUACGCAGGUUUUUGUUCCAGUCAGCUCCUAAACCCUCAGCAGGUUCAAUUAACUACUUUGGGACCUGCUUGGAGUAAAGACCUGGACUGGAUCUGAAGGACCAGAUUGUGCAUCACUGCCACACUUGGACAGACUAUCUAGAUUUUGUACAGUGUAAAGUCACUUUAACAGAGUUGCCAUACGAUGGGCACCACAUUUUCACAACUUCCAGCGUGGUUUCCGUUGGUCAUCAUUGUAAAUUAGGAAUGUGCAGUUCCCUCUAUGGCAGGGGUCUCCAACCCUGGUCCUGGAGAGCAACUGGGGCUUCUGGUUUUUGUUUCAAUCAAGUUUUAAUCAUGGAGCACUUCCUGUGGCAACCAAUCAGUGCUGUUUGAUUUAAGACCUUUAGUCCACCAUUGCUGUUUACUUCCCAAGUGAUUUUAUAGCCACACUGUAAACAUCACAGGCAGAGGUGACUCAGUGCUCCCAGUCUGCAGUUUCUUCUGCCAUGCCUGAUUCACUGCUUUUUUUUUAUUUAUUUGCAGUUCUGGGACAACCCUCUAAAUGUCUUAUCUUAAGGGGCCACUGAAAAACUGCUUCUAGUAGGCCUGAAAAAAAAAAAACUAUUUUUUUUUCUUUGCUGCUAAUGUUCUUGUGGGUUGGGACUGUACCUUUUUUAAUGCAAAAUUGAUCAAUAAAAACCCAUACCUCAAA